GGACGUCGGGACUGUAGGUAACGUAGACGUCGUGGUUGUACGACAUGUGGAGUGCAUAAUCAGUGACGAGGGAGGUGUGAGGGGGAGAGGGAGAGGAAUGUGUGGUGGGAGUUCUGCCAAUCAGGGAGUGCAUACUGCAGCGCAUACCGCAGCGCAUACCGCAGCGCAUAGAGUAACCAUCUCGUCUUCUCCGUCGUCAUCAAGAUUUGGCGAUGGCGGUCGAGAGGCAGGUUGUCGUGCGGUGUCCCUGGACCGUCGGGCAGGGAUUAAGAAUCUGAUGAGGAAGCGUUUCAAGCUGGACAGUGUCACAGCACUCUUGAGGAGUAACAUUGCUCGUUGCUGGAAGCUGGACUCGAUCCGUUUACCUGUCCGGCUUCCUUGUGCUGUGUUCGACAUGGCAGUGGUUCUACUGUUAGCUAUCCUGACCACGGCCGACGCGUGGGCGCUGAAGCCGUACCUUAUUCCCCCGAAUUGUUUCAGUGGACCGGAAAAGGUAGUAAGAAGAAGGGAUCUGGUGUUUUCGGACUCUCCAGGGAGCCAGAGAGAAGACUGCAAUUCCUCCUCUUCGUGUUUUUGGUCUUCGCCUUCGUCUUCCUCUCCGCCAUCGCCAGCGAUGUCAGCACGGUCUUCUUCUUCUUCUUCUCCUUCUUCUUCUCCGGGUAAAGAAGACGACGGGGCCAUUAGCGAACGUGGGAUGGUGAACCGUAGCUCCGGAAGGGGCGGGAAGACCAUUAGCUCGAGAAUUGGCGAGAUGAAUUCUACCCUCCCUUUCUCUUCCCUCCCUGACGGGAAGAAUGUUUGCUUCCCUCCGUCCCCGUCCGCUUCUCCCUUCUCUUCUCUCUCUUCUCCCUCCUCUCCCUCCCUUUCGCCGUCAUCUGAUCGCCAGCCGGUAGGGCACAUAGCGAUCACAGGGAAACUGCUGCAGAACAGGUUGUCCGGUCUGUGCAUCCAGCCGUCUAGGGUGGCAGCUUAUCCAAAGAAGGAUAAGGCUUUAUCCCCACGUCAGCGACGAUUCAAGAAAAUCAUGAACACCAACGCAGUAGGGCUGCUUGAGCAAGUACCGUGUGACGGAGAUGACACGCAGCUAUGGUCGUCGGCCUACAAGACUGGUCCGAUCUGCGCGCAAUCGUGUGGUGGAGUUUGCAUCGCCGCCGUUGCGCUGAACGAUGAGAAGAAGAAGAAGAAGACGAAGAAGAUAAGGAGCAUGAUGAAGAAGAAAAAGACAGCUGCAGCGGGUCACCGCCAUAACAUCGGACGCCAUAGCCAAGCUUCAGGACCCGCCAUGGCUGCGGAGAAUCUUCUUCUUUUGUUGGUACCCGGUUGUGAUGAAGUCAACAACUGUUUAUCGGAUCAGGAUGGGGAGGAUGCGGAGAAGAAGAGGAUGAUCGGUGGGGAUGGGAAAGGACAAGGACAAGGGCAAGAAAGAAGAGAGGGUGGAGAAGGUAGAAGGACGAAGACGGCGAUGGUGGCUGGUCCUCCUUCGACCAACCAGCGAUGGAGCCACGUGCUCACUCCCGACUACUACGGAGACGGUGGGUGGUUGUACCUGGAGGUCGACGCGGAGGGUGAGGACGAAGAGAGAACCGCGAGGACAGGAGGAGGAGGAGGAGGAGGAGGAGGAGGAGGAUCCAGCCAUGGCCUCGAGAAUCAGGAAGAGCAAGAGGCUGACAAGAUUCGUCGUCGUCUGUGCUUGGGCAGCCAGCGCACCGCAGAUGGGUCUUGGGAAACGGUUUUGUCGUCUUCUGGUCCGGAGGACGACACUGUUGCAGCCGAGAUUCCCCAAAAGGAAAGUGACGACCUUAGCGUUAAAGCCCCGAACGAUUAUUCAACGCCAUCAGCCAGCAGGGAUGCGGUGAUGUGGAGGUACCUGAUGCGGCAACCGAAGCAGUGACGUCAACGCGAAAUCACGGGGAUGGUGGCCAUGGAGGAGGGUAGUGUAGAGUGACACAUCGGCGCCCAGCGAGG